AAUGGUGGGAGGCCUCCCCUCCAAAUGUGUAGUGUUGCAAGUGGAAGAUGGGUUCAUUGGUUUGAAUCCCAUUUGCGGCGGGAAAAGUACCUUCAGUCCCAAGCUACUCCUCCAUUGUUGGCUCUGCAACAUUCAUCCAUUUCUCCCUCCAUGGAUGAUGAGGUUGGGGCCAGGAAUGGCAGCAGAGACAACAAAGAGAAGAGGAAACGGAAACAAAGAACGACCCCCGAAAUUGAGGUCAUGGAUAUUGAGGAUUUUGGUCAUGAUGAAACCUUAAAGAUUAGGGCUUCUCUAUUGGGGUGGUACGACCUCAACAAGAGGGACCUCCCUUGGAGAACACCAACCACCACCACGACCCACGAAGAUGAAGAUGAUGCAGAUGCCCAUGAAGACCUAGACAACAGGGCUUAUGCUGUAUGGGUUUCCGAAGUGAUGCUGCAGCAAACGAGGGUUGAGACUGUGAUUGAUUAUUACAACCGUUGGAUGCAGAAGUGGCCCACUCUUCAUCAUCUCUCCCUAGCUUCUCUCGAGGAGGUGAACGAGAUAUGGGCAGGCUUGGGGUAUUACAGACGGGCUCGCUUUCUAUUGGAGGGAGCAAAGAUGAUUUCUGAAGGAAAAUGUGGGUUUCCUAGAACCACCUCUGCUCUUCGGGCGGUGCCAGGAAUAGGAAACUAUACAGCUGGUGCAAUUGCUUCGAUUGCAUUCAAGGAGGCAGUGCCUGUGGUUGAUGGAAAUGUAGUAAGGGUAAUUGCCAGACUAAAAGCUAUCUCCUCAAAUCCAAAACAUUCAGCAACAAUCAAGAACAUUUGGAGAUUAGCUGGGCAACUAGUCGAUCCUUGCAAACCUGGAGAUUUCAACCAGGCUCUCAUGGAACUUGGUGCAACCAUAUGCACUCCACUAAACCCAAUCUGCUCUGCAUGUCCAGUCUCUGACCAUUGCUCUGCACUAUCAAUGUCUGAAAGCCAUAGAUCGAUAUUAGUUACAGAUUAUCCUGUCAAAGUUGUAAAGGCCAAAAAAAGACAUGAUUUUUCUGCUGUUUCUGUUGUGAAGAUAUUGGAAGGGCAAGAUACAUCAAAGGGAUCCCAAUAUAACAGUAGAUUUCUUCUGGUAAAAAGGCCUAAUGAAGGUUUGCUUGCUGGCCUUUGGGAAUUCCCAUCUGUCCUGCUGGAUGGAGAAGCUGACGGGGCCACAAGGAGAAAAACAAUUGAUCUCUUUUUGAAGUCAUUCAAGCUUGAUACCAAAAAGAACUGUCGCAUAGUUUCAAGGGAAGAUGUUGGGGAAUGUGUCCAUGUGUUCACUCACAUUCAUCUUACUAUGUAUGUGGAGUUGUUAGUUCUGCAUCUAAAAGGUGGGAUGAAAAUCUCAUAUGAAAAUGAGGACAAAGAAACUAUGACUUGGAGAUGGAUUGACAGUGAGGCCCUUUCAAGCAUGGGAUUAACAUCUGGUGUCAGAAAGGUUUACAAUAUGAUUCAGAAAAAGGUUGCCCUUGAACCCCAUCCUUGCCAAAAUAAGAAAAACAACUCCAAGAAACUGAAGGAUUCCUGAAACAAAUCCUGUUGCUAUGAAUAUGCAGUGCAUUGAUCAAUGUCUUUAAUCAACAAGAAAAUUUUGUAGCUUGCUGCUUCUGCUUUGUCAGCCAGAAAACUGCUUCAUUUAUUCAUGCAACAUAGCGAUUCUUGUGGUUAUGUGUUUUAUCUACAGAUGAUUAUUUAUGGAGAAGAAAUGAGUCUUAUUUAUCUGUAAGAUUACUUUCAUUUUCUCCUGAGGUGGUUAAUGUCAUCUCAUGGACAUGAAUGUGAAGAAAGGCUAUAAUUGAUUUGCCCAGAAGUCUGUAACAAGGGACUUUUACUUCAUAAUGUAGAAAUAUUCUGUAGCUAAUUGAGAGGACAUCUUAGUUUCAACUUUCAAGA